GGGUAAAUAAUUGUAGUAAACAACAAGAAUUAUCGAUAAAAAGACCGAUUUUAAAUUAUUGUUAAUUAAGAUAUAUGAAAAUUUAAAAGUUAAGAAAUGGUUAAAUAUAGUAGUUUUAAUGAUAAUUUCAAUCAAACGCUGUGAAUUAUGUCUAACCUAAAAGUUGAUAAUGUCGAUGAAUUUGGACGAUGUUGUUCGAGUUUGUUCGAAAAGCUUCCAAAAACUGGGAAGCCUACAGAAACAGAGUGGACUGUCUUAUCUUGUGUUCUUCAGUACGACAGUAUUAGUAAUGAUAUCGAAGUGGUGUCCUUAGGAACAGGGUCUAAAUGUAUUGGAGCUUCAAAAAUGUCGCCUACAGGUGACUUACUCAAUGAUAGUCACGCAGAAGUCAUCGCCAGACGAGCAUUUUUGCUCUAUCUUUAUGAUAAUAUUGAAAAAUCAAUAGAUAAUGUUGAUUCAAUAUUUGCUAAAGAAUGCAGCAGAUUUAAAUUAAAAGAUAAUAUAAAAUUUGCAUUUUAUUCCUCACAGUUGCCUUGCGGAGAUGCGUCAAUUUUUCCUAAAAAUGCAGACGAGAAUUACGGCGAUAUUUUAGAAAAAAAUAAACGUAAAGCUGAAGACAAUAUUUGUCAAACAGAUUCAAAAAGGUCUAGAUUUUUAGAUAUACAUAGAACUGGUGCAAAAUGUCUUCCACAAAAUGACCAAGAUUGUAGGAAAUCUGGAGUUGAGUAUCAUUUGAUUGGGCAAGUGCGCACAAAACCUGGUAGAGGGGAUAGAACAUUAUCAGUUUCCUGUAGUGAUAAAAUAGCCAAAUGGAUUCAUUUGGGCAUCCAGGGAAGGUUAUUAGAUAUGCUUCUGGUUGAACCAAUUUUUAUGUCCAAGUUUAUAUUUGGUAGUGGAGUUCCAUAUUCAGAAGAAUCAUUGAUUAGAGCGCUACUAAAAAGAGAUCCUGACCAGAUCAUAAUGCCAAAAUUUUUGCCAGAUUUUUUUCAGACUUCUGUAGUUUUUCCUCAUGUAAAAUCAGAGACGAAAGUCAGGCCAGCUGCUGGCAGUAUUAUUUGGACAAAAGCUAAUAAUGGUUUAUCAGAAGUUGCAAUCCAAGGAAGAAAACAAGGUGUCACUAAGAAAAAAGUGAAAUCUUCAAGUAGUUCACUAUGCAUAAGCAAAUACAAUCUUUACAAAAAGUUCCAAAGCAUAUUACAUAAAGACGAAGGAAUGCAACAAAUUUUUGGCAGUAAUAUUCUUGAUGUUCAAUAUAAUACAAUGAAAGCAAAAGCCACAACUUACGAAGAAAAUUGGCAAUAUUUGAAGAAUAAUUUUUUUAAAUCAUGGACCGUCAAGCCCAAUAUCUGGAAUUUCAAAGUGAAUGUUACAUGACCAAGUGAAUAUUAUGUAAGACUGUGAUAAAAGUAAUACAAUUGUUUUCAACAUUA